AAAUGUAAACCUUUUUUCUUUUUGACCAAAUAAAAAGUAUUCUUUAUUUUAUACAUAAUAUUGCCAAAUAAACAAUAAAAAAAGUUUUGUUACUCAUUUUUUUACUUUGAUUUUAGACCAUACAUAUAUUCAUUUUCAUAUAAUCAAGUUACAUAACAGAGAGAGUAAGAGAGAAGAGAAUAAAAUUGUGAUCAAAGUUGAAGUGUUUGAAGAGCAAUGAAUUGUAGUAGAAAAUGGAACAUAAGCAUCCAAUACGACAUGAUGACGAUGAAUCCUCUCUCUCAAGCAGAGACACUUGUUCUCUCUGCUUUCUCCAACAACAAACUGAGGCGUCUCCCUCACGUCUUCAGCAGGAUUCUUCAGCUUCCGUUACGCUCUGAUGCUGACGUGGCGGUUGAAGAAUCACCUAACUGUUUCCGUUUCAUGGCGGUUACCGACUCUUCACUCGGUCACGUGGAGACUCACGCGCUUCAUAUCCAUCCAGGUGUUACCAGAAUUGUUGUGAGGGCAAGUCAGUCACUUCACUUUUCAUUGGAUGAUCUUCAUCCUGAUAUCUGGAGGUUUCGUCUCCCUGAGUCUGUCAUCCCGGAGCUCACCACCGCCGUGGUGGUCGACGGCAUGCUUGUCGUAACUGUUCCCAAGGCUGAUCGUGAUGAUGAGAACAACACUGCAGCUGUUGGCGGUGGCGGUGCUUCGCUUGUGGUUGUUCAGUAAUUAGUGUUGAAAGUAAUAAUAAAUUGAAGUUUGUGUUGUUGCUUUAUUUCAUCUGUUUAUUCAAUAAAAUCUGAAAUAAGACUAUUGUGUUUUUAAAGCGAUUUAAUUGGCUUGUUUUUUUUAGCAUAUUGUAUUGAGUUGCUUUCAGAAAGAAUACAUGAGUUUGCUUGAGUUAA